AUGCCACUGCCUUUCUCCCAACCAUGCCCUUGGGCACUUCUGUUGCUGGUGGUGUCAAACCUCCUUUUAUGGGAGAAUGUGAUCUCUGGAACUUUGAGUCGCAAUGAGGCCAGUGAUGAUCCACUAUCCAUCAAGGGACUAUUUCUUAAUGCCACAAGACUGUCUCAGAAUAUCAGGGACCUCAACAUGAAGUUGCGCAGGACAUAUACUGUCAAUGAAGUCUCUGAAAACUUAUACCAUAAAUAUCUGCUUGAGUUUAUUGAGGAUAUGGAGUUUCUGGUCAAGGCUCUCACCUGCUGCCACAAUUAUUCCAUCAAAACUCCAGGAAACCUGGAUGAAGCCCAACAGAUCCCUUUUAACGACUUUCCAAAACUGAUCCUCAGUAGAAUGUGGGCUUGGAAUGAAACUUCUAAAACUCUACUGAAAAUACUCAGAAGUAUUCCAAGAAUGCAUGGUGAUGUCAUUUCAUUAGCCAAAGACAUUGAAACAAAACUUGCAGAGCUUUUUGAGUACAUCCAGAGAAUACUCAGCUUGAUUUAUGGGCCAACAGAAAAUGUUGAUCACACCGUCUUUUCUGGUCUUGAAGACUUAAAAUCAUCUGAUGAAGAACUUCGCCUUCUUGGUCUUUGUAAAUUUUCCUAUUGCUUACGUGAAGAUAUGUAUAUGGUUGAACUUUAUCUUAAGCUAUUUGAGUGUGUAGUAUAUAUUAGUAGUGACGAUUGCUUAUCCAGCACUAUUUGAGAUGCUUCAUGA